CUUCCUGACUUCCCCACAGCUUCCAGCUGCAGGCAGACGCUGCAAGUCAGGUGAAAGCUUCUCCUAGGCAAAAAUGUCAGGAAAGGUUGUACUGUACUACUUCGAUGGGAGAGGGAAAAUGGAGUCCAUCAGGUGGCUUUUAGCUGUUGCUGGUGUUGAGUUCGAGGAGGUUCAUUUGACCACCAGGGAGCAGUUCCUGAAGUUAGGGGAUGACGGAGCACUCCUGUUUCAUCAGCUUCCCCUGGUUGAAAUGGACGGAAUGAAGCUUGUUCAGACGAAGGCCAUCUUGAACUACGUUGCUGGAAAAUACAACCUCUAUGGGAAGGAUAUUAAAGAGCGUGUGAUGAUUGAUAUGUACUCUGAGGGUGCUAGGGACAUCAUGGAAAUGAUGCUUUAUCUGCCCUUUCUACCUGAUGAUCAAAAACAGGGUCAACUGGAUAAAAUACAGACAAAAGCUGUGAAAUGUGGUCUUCCAGCUUAUGAAAAGGCUCUUGCUCAUUCCCAAUACCUUGUGGGAAACCAGCUGAGUUGUGCAGAUGUGCAUCUUCUUGAGGUCACUCUCAUGCUGGAGGAAUUGUUCCCGACAAUACUUUCCACUUUCCCCAAAAUCCAGGAAUUCCAAAAGAGGAUGAAAGCAAUUCCAGCCAUCAGUAAAUUCUUGCAGCCUGGCAGUCAGAGGAAGCCUCCACCUGAUGAAGUUUACGUAAAAACUGUCAAGAAUGUAUUGAGCCAUGUUUUCAAGUAGAAGACAGAAUGAUUGAUCAUUCAAGCAGUUAAGCUUUGUUGUUCCUUACACACAAGAAGGGUUAUGCAAGGUUCUUCAUUAUGGAGUAAUUCUGUUUCACGCUGUGUUUUGCCCUUUGGAUGAAAGUAGGUAGUGAAUGAAUAGCUGUUUUUGCGCUACGAAAUGUACUACCCCAUAUCCACACUGAGAAAUCACUCAUUAAUAUCUGAUGGAUUACACUUUGCAGAUGCAUACUUGUGAGGGCUGUGAUGUAAAUCCGAAUUACAAUAAUUAUACAAGAGCGAAUGACAUUUUGGACACAGCAUAAAAUAUGCCGUAGUUUGAUAAUAGUUUUGGUCUUUUACACUUUGUGUGAAACUUUAGGUACAAUCCAGACUUUUAAAGGAAUAAAUCAUUUCAAGUUGAAAUUGAA